CAUCCAAACACAAUCCAUCUACCAAAUAUGUUGUGGACUAAUAUUAUUCUAGCUUGGAUCUGCUUUUUGGUAGCGGUUUCCAACGGCCAAUCGCCUGCGGCUUCACCAUCAACUACGUCUGCCACUGUACCACCCCCUUCCACCACCCCAAUUCCGCCAACGCAACCACCACCCGCCACCCCUCUACCGUCCCUGUCCCCUAAAACUCCUCCAGCUUCGGCCCCAUCUGUCCCGCCACCUCAAAUCCCACCACCACAACCGCCAGUGGCUCCACCCGUAUCCACUCCAUCCACUCCACCACCCCCAUUGCCAGCCCCAACACCACCACCACCAUUGCCUGCCCCAACACCACCACCAGUUGUCCCACCACCUGUUGUGGCUCCAGCGCCAGCAACUCCACCACCAGCACCAGCGACCCCACCGCCAGCACCAACUCCUCCACCACCAACACCAUCACUAGCUCCAACACCGGUUAGUGUUCCACCGGCCCCAACACCUGACACGAGUCCCUCCCCUGCACCAGCUCCUAGAAGACACAGGCACAGGAGGCACAUGCACAAGAAACAUCAUGCACCAGCACCCGCACCGGUUCCUAAGAGCCCGCCAGCCCCACCAGUAGCUGCAGAUUCUGAUGAUACUGCACCAGCACCAUCACCAAUACUUAAUCUGAACAACGGCAGAACUCGCUUUCAAAAGGGAGAAAGAUUCGGAUUUAUUAUUGCUGUUCUACUCAUUCUCAUGAUUUAGCGUCGUAAGAUCUUGAAGAACACACGAUUUACAAAUCAAGUUUUUAAAUGGAAUGAAGAUUGUAACAAUCAACAUUUUUUUCGUUAUAUUGAUUUCUUUAAAUUUUAAUGCUAUAUUGCUAUAUGAUUUUGCA